UUCUUCACUGCUCAGAGCCUAACGGAUGAAAUGGAUGCAUAUUUUGUCCACUCUAAUCCUAACGCCGAACUCAAAGAGGCGGUAAGUGAUCUCGGAAUGUCAUCUCCGGAACCGGAGAGAGCAGCGGCGGCAGAGGGUCAGAGGAAGAGGAAGAGGACCAUUUUCAGUCGCGCUCAACUGUCGGAGUUGGAGCGAGCCUUCGUGGUAACGCCGUAUCCCGACAUAACGUUACGAGAGAGGCUUGCGGCACUCACCCACCUUCCCGAAAGCAAGAUACAAGUAUGGUUCCAGAAUAGGCGAGCUCGUAGUACAAAGAGUGGCAGACUAAUCAGACCACUGAGGAGGAGUCCGGCUACAGUCAUGGGGUCAGACUGCUGUCCCGGUCCCAGCAUCAGCCGUAAAGGACCUGCUGUUGUUCCUGCAACACUAACACCAGGAGCUCACAGAUCUGAACCACGCUGGGGAGAUGUUGGGGAGCAGUUCUGCUCUGACUGGGUUGGGCAACAAAGUACCCCCAGGCAUCAUCAGCCACCCCAGCUGCCUCCUUCCUCCUCUUCUGACCAACCUGAAGCUUUAUUAUGGGAUGACAGAAGCCAUUCACACGUGGGAUGCCGUGAGAGCUUUGGGAGGCCCAGCCAAGCAGCCCAGGAGCAGUUGGGUCGGUUCAGUCAGCCGUGUGCCGCCACGCCAGGGUAUGGGCCCCCAAGACCCCAGCCUCACUCUGCUACCCCAGCAAAGGUUGGCUGUACAUCCCUGGACCAAGUGGUUCCCAUUCACUCGCAGCAGAGGUACUGGAACAUAGAGCAAGACUAUCAUAUCCCAGGUGGGGGUCAGACCUCACUGGGCUACAUCUCUGACCUGAUCUAUAAUGCUGCUGUUGUCACCAACCGGCUGGAAUUCUGAUUCUGCUCUAAUAUAAUG